UGCGAGCCGUCCACCUCUCCCUCUCCCUCCCGCCGCUCGUCGCCUGCCCACGUCUCCCACGCCCCUCUCCCUCCUCCAGAUCCGGUCUCCCCCGCGGCUCCGCCGCCGCCGAUGGCCGAAGAUCCCGUGGUGUCCCGCCGCUGGAGCUGCGACCCCGGCGGCGACGACCGCUGGCUCUUGGGAGCCGCUGGCAACGACCACUUCGACCGCCUCCCCGACGCGCUCCUCCUCGUCAUCUUCAACCGCAUCGGUGACGUCAAGGCGCUCGGCCGCUGCUCCCUCGUCUCCCGCCGCUUCCACGAGCUCAUUCCCCUCGUCGACUCCGUCCUCGUCCGCGUAGACUGCGUCAUCCCCGACGAGCCCCCCUCCUCCUCCUCGUCCCCGUCGGCGCCGUCCUCUCCUACGGCCUCCGUGCGCGCCCGCGGGGUCUUCUCACAGAUCGCGCGCAUCGUGCUCGGCGGCAUCGUGAAGCCCAUCCAGGCGCUCGGUCAGAUCCUCUCCCCCGCCAACUCCGCCCCCGUCUCCUCGGCAUCCUCCGCUUCCUCCUCCACUUCGUCGUCGCUGCCUCCUGGCGACGUGUCGCACCACUCGCCCUCGGAGGUUCUCCGCUCUUUCAAGGAGCUCCGCCACCUGCGCAUCGAGCUCCCGGCGGGUGAGCUCGGCAUGAACGAUGGCGUGAUGCUCAAGUGGAAGGCUUACUUCGGGUCCACGCUAGGCAGCUGCGUCAUCCUCGGCGCGUCCUCAGCCUCUCCGUCCUCCGUUGGCUCGGAUGGCGCGGGCGCUGGCACAGCUCCCGCUGUUGACAGUGGCCGUGGCGAGCCUGACGAUUCAGGAAACAUCCCGGAGUCAUUCUACACAAACGGGGGGUUGAAGCUGCGGGUGGUGUGGACCAUCAGCUCGCUGAUUGCGGCAGCGGCGAGGCAUUACUUGCUGCAGCCGAUCAUUGCCGACCACACGACGCUGGAGAGCUUGGACCUGACGGACGCGGAUGGGCAAGGAGUGCUCACCAUGGACAAGUGGCAACUGCAGGAGCUGCGGAUGAGGCCGGUAUCAGCAUCUGGGGGCUCGCACCGGACGCUCAUGCCAGAGCUUAGCAUGCAGCUGUGGUAUGCGCCAUGCAUUGAGCUGCCUGUGGGGUUGGUGCUGAAUGGUGCGACGCUGGUGGCCAUCAAGCCAAGCGAGGAGGCAACAAGGGACACAGUUGGGAAUGGGGCUUCUGGGUCGGCCUGGGUUUUAGAUGCCUUUGAGGAGCCAUAUCGGACAGCAGUGAGGAUGCUCCUCAAGCGGAGGACUUACAGCCUUGAGAUGAAUUCAUUCUAAUCCAUGGAAGAGAUGACAUUUCAGAAGCUUCAGAUGUGAGAGGAUGUUAUUACAUUCUCGUGACAUGCAACACAAGUGCUAUGUGCCGUAACUACUAGGGGCAAAUGGAGAAAUUUUCUGGCUGCCUUUUAUACCCCAGUCUGCACCUGCUUCGGAUAUGCUCCAAGUAUGUAUUGAGGUAUGCUUUUUUUAUGUUGAGCAUCUUUCAGCAAGAACAUGGAUGAAAAUGAUGAGAAGCCGUGUGUUAAUCUAUCAAUGCUGGAGUUGAGAGGCAAAGCCAUUGUUGGGGCUCUUGGUGUUCUCUCUAAGGAAGCCCUUAUCUUUAUCAGAUCAGAUGUGGUGGCAUAGAUAUAUUAUUUUCUUGUAUGUAUCCACAUCAAGCUACUAACCUUAUGUUAAUUUCCGCUUUGGAUCGUACUGCUUGUUUGCAGAAUAGCUUGCACUAUGCGUCCAUGGGUGGGCUCUUAGAUUCGAAUUAGCGAAAACUGUAAAACUUUUACUUAAAAAGGGUUUGGUAAUGUUGUAGCCGUGUGCUGCGAAUCUGUGUAAGCGUAAGCGCUGGAGUAUAUGUUAUGUUUGCAAUGUUGAGAAUGUUGCAUCAAUUUUGCCCGUA